GCACAUGUCCACAACCUUACUCUGUUGUUGUUCGAUUCAAAUGGAAAUUGCGCACAAUCUUUAGUGGAGAUCGGAGAGAGUGUUCGUCCUCUUGAGCCAGUGGGUGAGCCCUGGUACGUGGGUCAAAUCACACGACAAAAGGCCGAAGCACUGCUGCAAUACGACGGUGACUUUCUUGUGCGGGCAUCCACUCAGCAGCCCAACCAGUUUGUCCUCUCGGGUAUGCAGAAUGGCAAGAAACGACAUCUCCUGCUAAUCAAUCCCGAAGGACAGGUAUACACACACACACUCUCUCUCUCUCCUAUUUCCUCUUUUUAUUUCAUUUCAUUUUACUUGACCAUCAGAACUUCGAUCAAUCUUCAAUGA